AUGUUCGAGAAGUCCCUCUAUGAUCUAAUUCGUGGCUUGCGAAAUUACAGGGGAAAUGAGAAAGAGUACAUUCAGAAUAGCUUGAAAGAAUGUCGGGCAGAAAUACGAGGUCAAGAUAUGGACCUCAAAGCAACCGCCUUACUCAAGCUUAUAUAUCUCGAAAUGUUUGGAUAUGAUAUGUCGUGGGCCGCAUUUCAUGUUCUAGAAGUAAUGUCUUCGGCAAAAUACCUCCAAAAGCGAGCAGGCUACCUUGGAGCAGUACAGACCUUCAGGCCUGAUACUGAAGUUCUAAUGUUGGCAACCAACUUGCUCAAGAAAGAUUUAACUUCUACUUCUACACUAACUAUGUCCCUUCCCAUUGCAACUUUACCUCAUGUUAUAACACCAUCUUUAGCGCUUUCAACUCUUGGAGAUUUACUGCCACGCAUGAAUCACUCUAAUCCGACUGUAAGAAAAAAAACAAUCAUAACAUUAUACAGACUUGCCUUAGUCCAUCCAGAAACACUCAGACCGGCAUGGCCAAAAAUUAAAGAUAGACUCGCAGACGAGUCUGAAGAUCCAAGUGUAGUAGCUGCUAUCGUCAACGUGGUGUGCGAGCUAGGUUGGAGACGACCACAGGACUUUUUAUCACUUGCUCCACGACUAUUUGGCUUGCUAGUUGAUGGCCGUAAUAAUUGGAUGGCAAUCAAAUUGAUUAAACUUUUUGCUAUCUUGACACCUUUAGAGCCACGAUUAGUCAAAAAACUCUUACCUCCCCUAGCCUCUAUAAUACGCACAACUCCCGCCAUGUCUCUCCUUUACGAAUGCAUAAACGGAAUUAUUCAAGGAGGAAUUUUAAGUACUACUGACGAGAGUGCCGGUGGCGAGGAAAUCGCUACUCUUUGUGUCAGCAAAUUACGAGGGAUGAUCAUGGUGGAGGGAGACGCAAAUUUGAAAUACGUCGCAUUGAUUGCGUUCAAUAAAAUAGUCGUAACACAUCCACAUCUCGUGGCUCAACAGCAAGAUGUUAUAAUGGAGUGUAUAGAUAGUCCUGAUAUUUCCAUUCGCAUGCGGGCUCUUGAUUUAGUUGUCGAAAUGGUAAAUAGCGAAAACCUUACAUCGAUUGUAUGUCGUCUUAUGAGACAGUUGAAGCACUCUCGUUCACCGAUUAUCCAAGAGACUAUCGUGCAGCAUGUUCCGGUCCAAAUUUUGGCUUCGACUGAAGAUGAACCUGAAGGUGCAAUACGUUACGAUCCUCACACAGAUGAGGCCCCAAUAAUAUCAGACGAGUACAAGAUUGAUGUUAUGAAUAGAAUAAUUAAUAUGUGCUCCAGCAGGAACUAUGGCAACUUGCUAGACUUCGAAUGGUACUUGGACAUAUUGAUCCAAAUCUUUCGAACUGCACCUGAUUCAACGUGCUCUUCAACGAAUAAUGACGAUAUGAGUUGGGAGAAUAACUCAACUAAUAUCCCUAGGCGUAUUGCAAAUGAACUGCGAAACAUAGCCGUGAAAGUGGAAGCUGUUCGCGAUCAGGCAACUAGGGCCUCUGAAUUGAUACUCUUAUCCAUAAGCAACAACCUUUCCUUACCCCUGUGCGCAGGAAACGGGGCACUGGACCCAGCUUCUUGGGUAGUCGGCGAGUUUGCAUCAAGUCUGUCAAACCCAGAAAGUACAAUGACUUCUCUUCUUCAAAUAAUUAAGAGUACUGAAAGACAAGUACCGCCAAUUACAUCUCUACAAGCUGUCCCCAAAAUAUUCUACUUGAUUUCAGGUGAUGAUAAAAUUCCGUGGACAGCGGAACGAAAAACUAUGGUGUCACUUAUAAUUGCUCGAAUAAUAUUUACUUAUGAGCCUCUUGCUUUGCAUCCCAGUUUAGAAGUACAAGAAAGGGCAGUUGAGUUCCUUGAAUUCCUUAAACUCUUGGUCGAGGCACUAUCAAAUCAGGAGACUUAUACAGAUGAUGCUCAACACCCUCCACUUCUGUUGACGGAAGCUCUACCAUCUCUUUUUUCUGGAUUUCAGCUCAAUUCUGUGGCACCAUCGGCAAUUAAAAAUGUACCCUUACCUGAUGGGCUAGAUUUGGAUCAAAUAAUCAACCCUAAUCUUGUCAAUUUGCUAAAUACUGCUGAACUAGAAACUUCUGAAGAACCAACCCAGAAAAAUUUCGACAAUUUUUAUCAUCAUCCAGAGAUUCCUUUCUUGAGCAACUCAGGAGUUAUCACAAGCCGUAUAGCUACUGACGAGAUAGAAUCUCAUACCUAUCAGCAUCAAAAUGAAGAAAGCUACUUUGACUCUGAUAUAUUAUCAAGACGGCGAAUUGAAAGGAUGGAAAAGAACAAAGAUGAUCCUUUCUACAUAACCCCAUAUGAUGAAAAAUCAGGCAUAUCGACUCAUUUGCAAAAUAUCCUUCAGCAAAAUAAAGACACCGAUCUAGACCUCGAUAAAAUACCAAUCAUUAAUCUAGAUCUUGGAAGACCAACUAGUAGUUCAAGAGAAACCUUGUCAAAGAAAAUAUCAGUGUCAAAAAUUCGGUCUCAGAUAGCUGUUGCGCCAGAUGAAACCCUUGUAACAAAUGGAACAACAAAGCUUCAGUUAGAUAGCCAUGAACCAACUGCUGGAGCUCAUCAAUUGAUGACAUCAAAAUCAAAGUUACCACUACUCCAGGUCGAUUCAAGUCACAUCAGCUCAAUAUCUCUUGAGGAUGACAUUAUUGACGUACCAACUGAAAUUUGCCAGCAACAGAAAGAACAAGCAGAUAUUGAAAAAGCAAUGAAAGAAAUAGAAAGAUUACGAUUACAGAUGCAGCGAUCCAACGAGAGAAUAGAAGCCGCUCAAGGCAUCGGAGGAACCGUUAUAGUAAAGAAAAAAAAGAAAGCAAAGUUGGCAGAGGUCGAGGAUGUUGCCCCGACCUUGAUGACGAAGAAAAAAAAGACACAUUUUAACCCGGCUAAAGAAAAACAUAUAGACCAAAAUCCGACAGCAGAAGGAUUAAAAAAAAAAAGUAAAAAAAAGCUCAGGGUCAAAAAAGAUGAAAACGCCGCCAAAAAUGCGUGA